AUGGCCGCUCGGGAUCGAUUCGGCGGAUUCCCUAUGGAACCAAACACCUCCCAGCUUCAGCGGUUUAUACAGAGUGCUUGCGACCCUGUGAAUUUCGAGCCAAAUUUGGCCUUAAAUCUGGAGAUUGCCGACCUGAUUAACCAGAAGAAAGGAAAUGCACCUCGGGAAGCAGCAGUAGCGAUCGUUAACUACAUCAACCACCGAAACCCCAAUGUUUCUCUUCUUGCAAUUGCUCUCCUAGAUAUAUGCGUUAAAAACUGCGGUUACCCCUUUCAUCUGCAGAUUUCAACCAAAGAUUUCUUAAACGAACUUGUUCGGCGAUUUCCAGAAAAGCCACCACCCCGACCUACUCGAGUACAACUCAAAAUUCUAGAGGCAAUUGAGGAAUGGAGGGGGACGAUAUGUCAGACUAGUCGAUACAAGGAGGAUCUAGGAUUCAUCCGAGAUAUGCAUAGGCUAUUGAGUUACAAGGGAUAUGUGUUCCCGGAGGUCAGACGGGAGGAUGCAGCUGUUUUAAACCCGAGUGAUAGCUUGAAAUCGGCAGAGGAGAUGGAGGAGGAGGAAAGAGCUGCGCAGUCCGCAAAAUUGCAGGAACUUAUUCGACGGGGUACGCCAGCUGACCUGCAAGAGGCGAAUCAACUGAUGAAAGUCAUGGCUGGGUAUGACCUAGCUUCGAAAACGGAUUAUCGAGCAAAGGCGGCAGAAGAAGUUGGUAAAUUACGACAGAAGGCAAAGCUAUUAGAAGAGAUGCUAGGAAAAGUUAAAAAGGGUGAGAAUAUUGGACAGCAGGAUACCUUUGAGGAGCUUGCGAGUGCGCUCAAGACAGCUCAGCCAAAGAUACAAAAAAUGAUUGAGGAGGAAAGUGACGAUACUGACGCAGUUGUGAAGCUCUUGGAGCUUAACGACAUCAUCAAUACUACUGUGGAGCGAUACACAUUUACUAAAAAGGGAAAUUUGGAUGCCGCAAAGGGAUUGCCGCUCAUCUCCGGCUCAUCCCCUCCUCCCUUCUCAGAAGCCUCAUCUUCUGCUGCAGCUGUAGAAACAUCUUUGAUUGAUCUGGACAAUGAUUUAAAUGGUGGCAGCGGAACUUCAGCAAAUACAACUGGGAAGACUGGGUCGUUGGAAGACGACCUACUAGGUUUAUCUUUCCAAGAAAGUGGCCCAUUCGGCCAGGGUGGGGGAAUUGCUCUUGGAUUUGGCGCGAAUACUGGAAUACCGGGCCCCCCAUUGUUAUCAACGACUGUGCAAACAAACACUGCCGGACAACAGAAUCAGAUUACACCAUCUGCUUCUCCGGCACCACCGCCCGCUCAAAAAGUACCACCACCUAGCUUUCCUAAUUAUACCUCUGCAUUCGGAAGCCCUGCACAGCAACCUGUUGCCAUUUCCUCGUCAUCGCAGAUACCCACAUCGCAGCAAAAUGGUACUACUGUUAACGAUGACGACGAAUGGGCUUUCACAUCUGCUCUUCCGCCUGGAUCAGAACAGGCUCCUGCGCGGAAUGAACUUGUAAUCCUCAAUUCAAACUUACAUAUUCUGCUAGAAGCGAACAGGCCUGUAACAAUGCCUGAUGGGCCGAUAUUAAUCAAGGCAAAAUUCUCAAACAACAACAGCCAGCCCGUCCAAGAUUUGACCUUUCAAAUGGCGGUCACUAAGACAUUGGCCCUCAAAAUGCAACCCCAGAGUGGUCGCUUUCUCCAGGCUCGUCAAAAGGACGGAGUAUCGCAGAUAAUACGUGUAGAGGGAGUUGCCAGGGGUGCGGGCGGGGGUGUUAAGAUGAGGUGGAAAGCAUCCUACCGGAUCGGGUCGGGUCCGAUCAACGAAGAGCAAGGUGUGAUUGAAGGUUUACCGGUUGCUUAA